AUGCCUCUUUGGGGUCCUGAAUUUCCAUCCCUUCAAGUCACCGUCUUGCUGCCCUUAUGUUUGUCAUUCAACGUGGACGUGAAAAACGCUCUGACCUUCAGCGGCCCGGUAGAGGACAUGUUCGGUUACACCGUCCAACAGUUUGAAAAUGAAGAAGGAAAAUGGGUCCUGGUCGGCUCUCCUCUGGCUGGCCAACCGAAGAAGAGGACCGGUGAUGUCUACAAGUGUCCAGUUGGGAGGGAUGAACCGUCGCCUUGUGUGAAACUGAACCUUCCAGCCAAUACCUCAAUCCCUAAAGUCACGGAAAUCAAGGAGAACAUGACGUUUGGGUCGACUUUAGUCACGAACCCAAAAGGCGGAUUUCUGGCCUGCGGACCUCUUUAUGCUUACAAAUGUGGACACUUACACUAUACGACCGGCAUCUGUUCCGAUGUUGAUUCGACAUUUCAAGUUGUAAAGUCCAUCGCUCCGUCUGUACAAGAAUGCAGCAGUCAGCUGGACAUUGUCAUCGUGCUCGAUGGUUCUAACAGCAUUUACCCCUGGGAGAAAGUCAUAGAAUUUUUAAAACGGUUGCUGGGAAAGAUGGCUAUAGGCCCCAAACAGACCCAGGUGGGCAUCGUCCAAUAUGGAGAAAACGUAACCCACGAAUUUAACCUCAAUAAGUACACGACGACGGAAGAGGUUCUGACUGCGUCCAACGAAAUCAUCCAGAGAGGCGGGCGGCAGACCAUGACGGCUCUCGGGAUCGACACAGCGCGGAAAGAGGCUUUCACUGAGCCCCGCGGAGCCCGGAGGGGGGUGAAGAAAGUCAUGGUGAUCGUGACAGAUGGAGAGUCACACGACAACCAUGACCUCGACAGGGUCAUUCAAGACUGCGAGGACGAGAACAUUCAGCGGUUUGCUAUAGCUAUCCUUGGCAGCUAUAACCGAGGAAAUUUAAGCACGGAGAAAUUUGUGGAGGAAAUAAGGUCGAUCGCCAGUGAACCUACAGAAAAGCACUUUUUCAAUGUCUCGGACGAGCUGGCUCUGCUCACUAUAGUCGAAGCCCUGGGAGAGCGGAUAUUUGCCCUGGAAGCCACAACAGACCUUUCAGCAGCCUCCUUCGAAAUGGAGAUGUCCCAAACGGGCUUUAGUGCUCAUUAUUCACAGGACUGGAUCAUGCUCGGAGCCGUCGGAGCCUAUGACUGGAACGGAACAGUCGUCAUGCAGAAAGCUGACCGGAUCGUCAUCCCGCAAAAUAGCACAUUUAACGUGGCGGCCACCAAGAAAAAUGAACCUCUGGCAGCUUACUUAGGCUACACUGUAAACUCUGCCUCGAUUGCCGGAGACGUGAUCUAUAUUGCCGGUCAGCCUCGCUACAAUCACAUGGGACAAGUCAUCAUUUACAAAAUGAUCGGCUCAGAGAUCAAGAUACUCCAGACACUCACUGGCGAACAAAUUGGGUCGUAUUUUGGAAGCGUUCUGACGACAGUCGAUAUCGACAAAGACUCUGAUACGGACAUCCUCCUGGUCGGUGCUCCUAUGUACAUGGGAUCGGAGAAAGAGGAGCAAGGAAAAGUGUAUGUGUACACUCUCAAUAAGACGACAUUCGAUCUCCAAAUGAGUCUGGAACCCGUUAAGCAAAUCUGCUGUUCGUCGCUAAAGCACAAUUCCUGCAAAAAGGACAACCAGAACGAGCCGUGCGGGGCUCGGUUUGGGACCGCGAUCGCUUCCGUGAAGGACCUCAAUCUGGACGGCUUUCACGACGUCGUGAUCGGCUCACCGCUGGAAGACGACCAUCGCGGCGCCGUGUACAUUUACCACGGGGACGGCAAGACGAUCAGAAGAGAGUAUGCUCAACGGAUCGCCUCGGGAGGAGACGGGGAGAAGCUGAAGUUCUUUGGUCAGUCCGUUCACGGAGAGAUGGAUUUGAACGGGGACGGCCUCACCGACGUGACCAUUGGGGGCCUGGGAGGUGCCGCCCUGUUUUGGUCUCGGGACAUAGCUGAAGUUAAAGUUACCAUGAAUUUUUUGCCAAAUAAAGUGAACAUUCAACAGAAGAAUUGUAAUAGAGAGGGAAAGGACACAAUCUGCAUUAAUGCUACCGUGUGUUUUGAUGUCAAAUUAAAGUCCAAGGAAGACAUGGUUUACAAAGCGGAUAUACAGUACCAAGUCACAUUAGACUCUCAAAGACAGAUCUCAAGAAGCAUCUUUAACGGAACUCAAGAAAGAAAGGUUCAAAGGAAUAUCACCGUCGGAGGAUCGGCGUGCGCUAAGCAUAACUUCUACAUGUUGGACAAACACGAUUUUCGGGAUUCGGUUCGGAUCACGUUGGAUUUUAAUCUUUCCGACCCUGAGAAUGGCCCCGUUCUGGAUGGCACCCUGCCCAGCACAAUCCAUGAAUACAUUCCUUUCGCCAAAGAUUGUGGAAACAAGGAAAACUGCAUCACCGAUCUGGCCCUGAGCGCCAACUCGACGGGGAAAGGCCUGCUCAUCAUCAGAUCCAGCAACGAUAAAUUCAACGUGUGUCUGACGGUCAAAAAUAAGAACGACAGCGCUUACAACACCAGAGCCAUCGUGCACCACUCUUCAAACCUGAUCUACUCGGGCGUUGAGAGCAAACAGAAAGACAUUUGUGAAGCCAAUCACAACAUCUCGUGCAAAGUGGGCUACCCCUUCCUGAAGAGAGGAGAGGAGAUAUCUUUCCAAAUAUUGUUUCAAUUCAACAUAUCGUCUCUCAUGGAAAACGUGACCAUUCAUAUAAAUGUAACAAGUGACAGCGAAGAACCUCCCGAGGCCCUGUCUGAUAACGAAGUGAACAUUUCCAUUCCUAUAAAAUAUGAAGCUGGACUGCAGUUCUCAAGCUCUGCAAGUGAGUACCACAUUUCAAUUGCGGCCAAUGAGACCGUUCCAUCCGUGAUUAACUCUACCGAGAGUAUUGGAAACGAACUGAACAUUUUCUACCUGAUUAAAAAAGGAGAACAUCUCCCAAUGCCAGAACUGAAGCUGACCGUUUCAUUUCCCAACUUGACUUUCAGCGGUAGCCCAGUGCUCUAUCUGAUAGGUUGGACGUCUUCUGAGAAUGCACACUGUGGGCCGGAACGCCUCAAAGAUCCCUACGGCUUUAACCGGGGGAAAACAGUCCACAUAUCAAAACCUCAGGAACUCAAGCGAGGUGCCGUUUUGAACUGUGAUAAAUGCACCUAUGCAGACAUCGAGUGUCACCUGGCUCCUUCCGAUGUAAGCCAAGUGAACAUUUCCCUCCGCCUGUGGAAACCGACUUUCAUUAAAGCCAGCUUCUCCAGUUUAAAUCUGACUAUAAAGGCAGAACUUCAGAGCGAAAACUCAUCACUGGUUUUAAGCCAUAGGAACCAGAAAAGAGAGAUUACUCUUCAAAUUUCCAAAGAUCUUCCUCCAGGAAGAGUGCCACUCUGGGUCAUCCUUUUGAGCGCAUUUGCGGGAUUCUUGCUAUUAAUGCUUCUUAUAUUAGCCCUGUGGAAGAUUGGAUUUUUCAAAAGGCCGCUAAAGAAGAAGAUGGAAAAGUGAAAGAUCGUGAAAGAAGAAACAUGGAGCAAUGACAUAGUGAGCCAUCUUCAGGUGUGCCUCCCUGUGACGGAAGCAUAAAACCCAAUUAAUAUCUCCAGGUGUUCACAUGCCAUUGUCAAUUCCAUCAGAGAUUCAUCGCUUUAAAAAAGAACAGAUCGAGACCGAUCAAAGCGAACGCAAGAAGCCUUUCACAAAAGAUUAGGAAAGGCUUUUAAAUGACUACUCGGUUUUGUUGAGUAAUUCUAUUUAAAAUGAGAAAUGAUUUAAACAGGAAGAAAAGCCAACUCGAAUAGAUAUACAAAUAUACAUGAAAUCACUGCUCAAAAUAUUCAAAGAAACCACAGCGGUGAUUGUGACUUCUCAGAAAACCGGCUCCACCCUAAACAAUACAAGUUUGGUGUGUUUUUCCCUGUCCCCGGCCAAGGCUAUGCCUGACUUCCAGAGUUUGAAAAUCCAAGAUUGUCCAGACCUCCUGUCACUCCGAAGAGGAACCAACCACAUUCCAAUGGCAGAACGAAGUCCGAGGAGACGCCAACGGGGGAGAAUAAAGAUGGAGAAAUCUGGGGAAUCAGGACAGAAGAUACUUUGUACUAAGUGGUCUUUCCUUGAUCGUGUAGGGUGACGGGAUCAUCAGCUGGAAGGACUGUGGCUGGGAAAAGUUAACAUAGGAGCACUGUUUAAGAAGAAGAGCACUGAAAAGCCUGCUUCACGCUUUUAGUGGAAACCUUUUUUUUUGUUGUGAGCACAAAAAUCGAUGUAGAAUUUCUUGGCGUGGCCAAAGCGCUGAAAGUUGGUCCAUUCGGUUUUCCACACUGUUGCAGAAUGCAGUAGGGGAUGUAUUUUGCGGUGGAGUUUCUGAGUGGGACGCGGGAUAAGGCUCCAAUAGCCCGUAGUGUCAGAUUCACCGGUGCAAAUAACGGCACUUUUGAGGUCCCGUAAUUCUUUCCUCCUAAUUUGGCAAAGUUCAGCCCAAAGUCAUGCCCAAAGCUCCUCAGUGAAAGGUUCCUCUGAUGCCCAACUGCUUCUAGUUUUACCCUGCGAUAAUUAAUGUUCCCGAUAUUUUACUUCUCAUCCCUAAAAAAUAAUAUUCCAUCUUUAGAGACCACUUGACCAAGAGCGCUUUCAUCUGAAUUGCAAAUGUACUGUAAAAAUAAUCCCAAAAGGUAUUACAGAUUUGAAGCCCACUCACUAGGAAGGCACCGCUUCCGUUUGAUGAUUACGGCUUUUAUUAAGCACUUACCGUGCGCUAAGCACUGGGGUGGAGACGAGACUUUCAGGCGAAGCAGAAUUUUGUCCCCCUUUUUACACAAAGAGGAAUCUGAGGCCACAAAGAAGGCCAGUGGUCUAGGAGGGACUAGAAUCCAGCUCACCUAAUAAUCGUGGUAUUUGUGAAGCGCUUACUAUGUGCCAGGCACUGUA